UCUAAAGGGUUGUCGUUGCUGCUGUUGUUGUUGUUGAAUUGAAUGUCAAAGGUCUAAAAAGGUUCAGUGUUCUUGGCAGAACCCUUUUUUCUCAACUAUGGAAUCAAAUUCUGUUCCAAGAUGCUUUGUAGUCGGUGUUGGGAUGACAAGGUUUGAAAAGCCUCACACUAAAAAAUGGGAUUAUCCAGAUAUGGUAAAGGAGGCUGGGACUAAUGCACUUAAAGACAGUGGACUUAAUUAUUUGGAUGAUGUUGAUGUUGUUGUUGCAAGUUAUUGCUAUGGAGAGCCCACAUCUGGGCAGAGGGCUGCCUAUGAACUUGGCCUCUCUGGUGUUCCUGUUUUCAACACCAAUAAUAACUGCUCCUCGGCUUCAACAGCCUUAAUGAUGGCUAAGACCUUCAUCCAAAGCAAGCAGUAUAAAUGUGCACUGGUUUUGGGCUUUGAGAAAAUGGACAGAGGCUUGUCAACCAAAUAUACUGAUAGGGUUCAUCCUGUUGACAAACAUUUUGAUCAUAUGAUGAGUCUUGGUGCGUCAGAAGGCCUCAUUAACAACAGAGUGAACAAAAUGACAUCUGAUGUGGUUAAGCUCUUUGCAUAUGCCGCAAAGGAGCAUGCCGUGAAAUUCAAUUCAACGCCUCUUCAUCUGGCCAAGAUCGCCUACAAAAAUCACUGCCAUAGCGCUAAUAAUCCAUAUGCAUGUUUGAGGAAAAAGUUUCCGCUUGAGAUGAUAAUGAAGAGUCCGAUGAUAUGCGAUCCAAUAGCAUUGCUAAUGAGUUCCCCAACCGCAGACGGAAGUGCUGCUGCCGUUGUUUGCAGCGAAGAGUUUAUGAUCGCUCGUGGUUUACAGAAAAACGCCGUGGAGAUUGUUGCUCAGGAAAUGGUUACUGACUUACCAUCAUCAUUUGGAAAGAGCUUUAUCGAUCUGUCCGGUUAUUCAAUGGCGAAACAGGCUGCUCGGCAGUGUUACUCUAGCAGCGGCUUGUCUUCCACGGAUGUCGAUUUAUUGGAGGUUCAUGACUGUUUUUCCUGCAAUGAGAUGUUGAUGUAUGAAGCUCUUGGUUUAUGUGAUGAAGGCAAGGGUGGUGAAUUGAUCGACAAAGCUGAAUGGAUAACUAAUACAGAGGGCGGUGAGUUGUGUUUGUUGGCUAAUCGCUGGGUCGUCAAUCCAUCCGGGGGAUUAGAAUCCAAAGGGCAUCCUAUUGGAGCCACUGGGCUCGCUCAAUGCGCAGAGAUCAAUUGGCAGCUCAGAGGUAUUGCUGGUAAACGCCAAGUCGAUGGUGCACGUGUCGGUAUGCAACACAAUUUUGGAAUCGGUGGAGCCGCUGUUGUAACAUUAUACAAGAAGUAUCGUGAUACCAACGAUGGAUCAGCUUUGGCUUCAAAGUUAUGACCUACAUUGAUAAUGAUAUCUGAGUGAUAUGACAACUUUUCCAGGGAACUUUUUGAAAAAAGGAAAUAGUGCGUCUUAUAACAAAUUACUGCGUGCUAUAUCUAGCAAUUUGUCUCUUGAUUGGUCUGUAUUGAUGCACCACCUAAUGGUGCUAGGAACAGGUUUGAUUCUAAAUUUAGUAGAAUUAUAGUUUCGAUUUAUAAUUUAGCUACACUUAGUAAAGUUAAAAAACUUUGGUAACAUGGUCUUUCCCAAUGAACUCUUCUCUCCCUUCAGCAAAUUUUAUUGUCUUUUACAUAAAAUAUAUACAUUGUUUUUCAGCAGACAGAAUAUAUUUUUUUCGGUAUAUUCCCUUCACUGAAAUAGAUUUCGGAAGGUAUUGAUAACAUGUGCUUGAAUUCCCUGUCAAAAAUGGACUUUCAAAUAAAUGAAAAUUCUAAACUAUAUCAAAGCUUCAUUGCCUCUUAAUUUUUAUUUUAAAAAACUCCAGAUAUCUUCUAAAAGAUAGUUUACUUUUUACAAAAUAGCUGCCAGAGUUUUUUAUUAAAUGUUUUUAUAAAAAAUAUCAAUUUUAUUGUACAUUAAAGUGUUUGCGAAAUAGUUUACAUUUAAAACGUGUAGUAAUUUCUAUGCCAUUCAAAAGAUUUCAACCUAUUGAUGAUAGUUGUCCUAAAGUUUCUGGCCGAUUUAUUCAAGCUUGCAAAGAGUAGAAGAAAGAUUGAAACCUUCCUUAGUGAACAAACUGAUUUGAAUGCUAUUGUUAAGUAAAUGGCAGCUUGUUGGAAACAGUGCUGUUAAAGUGAUGAUGAUUGUCAUCUUAGAAAGAUGAAUAAACCUAGCUUUGCAAAAAGGUAACGAAUUCAAAUUAUGUGACGUGGUGUGCUUUAGCUUAAAAGAUGCGCUCAAUUUUUGGGCCUAAGUAUGACUGUUUCAUAAAUAAAUGACGUAAACUUGGUGGCCAUUUCAUAAGCAAAUCCAUUCAGAAUUCAAUACAGUCAUGUGUGAAUUGAAACCCAUAUGGCUACAAAGAUGCACCUAUAGACAUAUUUCUUUGUGUUGUUGGGUCAAAUGUGGCAAGUACCAUCUUGGCACAAGCGGAAGACACUCACUUGCACCUUUCAUUACCUAACAUUCUUUGAAACACCAAAUAUCAUAAUUGGAACACUUAUUAUUCAGUUUGAUAUUUUGUAACACAAUCCUAGAUGCAAAUCAAAUUAACUGCCUAUAUAAAUUUAGAUGCAACACAAGUUUCACAAAAUAACAGUAUUUUGUCAGUAUGCAGGUAAAGUAACGAUUGUUAUGCUGUAUUAAUUCAAUGUUUAAAUAUGUAGUGAAGUUAACUGGUUGAUUUAUGCAGUAUUUUUCAGUGCUUUAUGGUGUAAAAUAUGGAAGUAAAAUUAGUCAAUAAGUUCUACGCAACAAUACAAUAAUGAAUUUUGUUUAAUAGAAAAACCUUGAAAUA